AUGGAGGUUCACCUCAAGAGCGAUACCAUCCCCAAUACCCCUCUUCCAACCCUCGAGCUGCAAGGGCUUUCCGCAGCCCCAACCGUCUCUCCGAGCGAAGUCGUCUCCAUCGCACAGACAUGGCUUGCCUCCCUCGAAACCGCGGCGAAGCUAGCGGCUGAGUCGCCAGUAGAAGCAGCUUCGAAAAUCGCCUCCUCACUCAACCCGAGGGACUCGUGGUGGCGAGACAUGCUUGCCCUAGCCUGGGACCUGCGAACCUUCUCUGGAACGAAGAAGAUCGAGACAUUCCUCGAGGCGUGCUUGCCCAAAGCGAAGCUGCACGAUGUCCGCCUGAGGGAGGGAUUCGCGGCGUACGAGACCCCUUUCCCCGACGUCGCGUGGAUCAGCGCGUUCUUCGACUUCAAGGUGCGCGAGGGGAAGGAGGAGGGUGUCGGGUUCGGCAUCGUCCGCCUCGUUCCGGUUCCAAAAGAGGGCGGUCAGCAAGGAGAGGUGGAUUGGAAGGCACAUUGCGUGUUCACGAACUUGGAGGCCCACUCUGCGUUCCCCGAGAACAUUGGACCCCUCCGCAACAACCAGCCCAAUCACGGGAAGUGGGAAUCCCAACGCGAGCGUGAGGUCCUCUUCGCCGACGCAGACGCCGAUGCCAACGCCCCUCCCAAGCCGUACCCGAAUGGAAGCCCGCAGGUCUUGAUCGUCGGAGCGGGGCAAAGUGGGCUGGAGGUAGCGGCGAGGUUGAAGGCUCUGGGCGUCUCAUCCCUCAUCGUUGAACGGAAUGGCCGUGUGGGCGACAAUUGGAGGUCGAGGUACGAGGCGUUGUGCCUCCAUGAUCCUGUCUGGUACGAUCACAUGCCGUAUCUCCCAUUCCCUCCGACAUGGCCAGUGUACACACCAUCUCAGAAACUCGCGAACUGGCUUGAAUUCUACGCUGAUGCGCUGGAACUGAACGUCUGGACGUCGUCGAACAUCACGUCGCUCAAACAAGACCUAGAAACGUCCAAAUGGGUCGCGACUAUCGACAAGAAUGGCGUUCAACGCAGGCUGGUGGUCAACCACGUCGUGUUCUGCAGCGGUCUAGGCAGCGAGAAGCCGAACAUACCCGAGUAUCCUGGGAGGGAUGAAUUCAAGGGCCAGGUCCUGCACUCGACGCAGCACAAACGAGCGAAAGACCAUGCAGGCAAGAAGGUUGUCGUCAUCGGUGCCUGCACCUCUGCACACGAUAUCUCGGUCGACUACUACGAGCACGGCGUCGACGUGACAAUGUUCCAACGUGGUUCCACCUACAUCAUGUCGACUGAUAAGGGUUGGCCGGUCAUCUUCAAAUCUCUCUACUGGGAAGACGGUCCGCCUGUCGAUAUCGCUGAUAGAAUCACUGCCUCUUUCCCCCAUCAUAUGGCUACCGGCCUCAGCCAGCGCCGUACACACUACGUUGCUCAACUUGACAAAGAUCUGCUCGAUUCGCUGCAUAAAGUUGGGUUCCGCACAAACCUUGGAAUCCAUGAUACUGGAUUUGGGCUGUUGGCGUGGAAUAAGGCGGGCGGGUACUACCUGGACACCGGAGGGAGCAAGCUUAUUGCGGAAGGCAAGAUCAAGCUAAAGACCGACAGUGCGAUCAAAUCUUAUACUCCUCGCGGUCUCCUCUUCGAGAACGGAACGGAGCUGGAAGCAGACGUUAUCGUUUGGGCUAGCGGUCUCGGCGACCCGCUCGAUAAAGUCAGGCGCCUGGUAGAACCCUCCGUCUCCACAUCGCUCAAGUCGGUCUGGGGCUUAAACAAGGAAGGCGAGCUCAAUGGAACUUGGAGGGAUAUCGGCGUCAAGGGCUUGUGGUAUAUGCUGGGGAAUUUGGCCUUGUGUAGAUUCCAUUCGUCACAUAUGGUGCUGCAAAUUAAAGCGAUGGAAGAGGGGUUCUUUGGAGAGAGGUACGCAAUGGAGGAGUAA